CGAGGUGAGAUAGCUGUGGCUUGUUCUGUCUCUCUGAUCUACCAACAUGGACCCCAGUAACUCUCCUAAGACGCUUGAAGGAUGGCCUCAGAUCUAGAACAGUUAUGCUCUUAUGUUAAUGAGAAGAUUGGCAAUAUCAAGAUUCUGUCGAUAAGAAGUCUUGGCCAAGCACCUGCCUUGAAGACCACCUUAAGUAAAAUAGGAGAUGAGAUCAUUACAGUAAAUGAACUCCUAAAUAAGUUUGAAUUGGAAAUUCUGUAUCAAGAACAAACCAACAAAUCACUUAAGGAGCUCUGUGCAUCUCUGGAAGACGAUUUUAAAGAUGUGGAGCAUCUCAAAGAACACAUUCCUUCCUAUUUGCCUCAAGUGACAGCGACCCAGAGCUUGGUUAACCAGUCAGAUCCGGAUCCUAAAGAACCAGUUGAAGCUGAGGAACCUGUACUGGCAAAGAAGCCUCCCAAAGAACAGAAAGUUAUUAAGGAAAUGCACUUUAUAACUACUGAUGAAUUCAAUGGUGUUCCUGCGUACAUGAAAUCCCGCUUAACAUAUUGUCAAAUUAAUGAUGUUAUUAAAGAAAUUAAUAAGGCAGUAGUUAGUAAAUACAAGAUUAUGCAUCAUCCAAAAGCAUCUAUGAAUUCUGCGAAGAGAAAUCUCUACCAAAGGUUUAUUAAUGAAGAAACAAAGGAUACAAAAGGUCGUUACUUCAUCGUGGAAGCUGACAUAAAGGAAUUCACGGCUUUGAAAGCUGACAAGAGGUUGUAUGUGAUCUUGAACAUCCUGCGGCAUUGCCAGAGACUGUCAGAGGUUCGAGGGGGAGGACUCACCCGAUAUGUCCUAACCUGAGGCUUUUGCAGGCUUGGGACUGACUGGCAGGACAUAGGGUGUAGAGGAUAGUCUUGAAAUUUCAUAUGUAACAUUUUUAGCUUCUGCAUUUCCUGGUCUUGUUCCCUACAGAAAUAAAACUUUGUUUGGAUAAAGCA